UGGAGUAAGGCGCACAAAAGCCUCACCCUUUCCGCCUGCUUGUUUGUUCUUGCAGUACUCUCCAUAUCGUGCUUUCAAGAUGUUCGUCCCUCCACCAUCAGAGCCGAUUGCAGUCGUUGGGAGCAGUUGCCGAUUUGCCGGCGGUGCCACUUCACCUUCCAAGUUUUGGGAACUGUUAUCGGCCCCUCCUGACUUGUCGCGAGAAGUGCCGACCACGCGCUUCAACCCUCAUGCCUUCUAUCACCCAGACGGAGAGUAUCACGGAACGACGAACUCGAUCAAGGCCUAUUGGCUGGAGCAGGACCACCGAGAGUUUGAUGCAGCGUUUUUCAAUAUCACACCUCGAGAAGCCGAAGCACUGGAUCCUCAGCAGCGGAUGACACUUGAAGUUGUGUAUGAAGCCUUAGAAUCUGCUGGAUACACACUCGAUCGAUACUUUGGGCAGAAUGUCGGGGUUUUCGCUGGACUCAUGACCGCCGACUACGACACCCUUUCCGGGCGAGAUGAGUUGACUGCGAGCCAAUAUUAUGCAACAGGGAACGCGAGAUCUCUGAUAUCGAACCGGGUAUCGUACUUUUUCAACUUCCGAGGGCCGUCUAUGACCAUCGAUACGGCGUGCAGCUCAAGUCUCGUCGCGUUGCAUCAGGCGGUCCAUAGCCUCCGGUCUCGGGAGAGUGUAAUGGCCUGUGUUACGGGCGCCAAUUUGCUUCUCACUCCCGAGCAAUUUAUUGUUGAAGCCAGUCUACACAUGCUCAGUCCUACAGGGAAAUGUCGCAUGUGGGAUAUCAGUGCCGACGGUUAUGCGCGCGGAGAAGGAGUCGCGGCCAUAUUCCUUAAGCCGUUGUCCAGGGCGCUUGCCGACGGCGACGAGAUUGAGGCUGUCAUUCGACAAACAGGGGUGAAUUCGGAUGGAAGAACCCCUGGCAUCACCUUGCCGAACCCUGCAGCUCAGGCGAACUUGAUCAAAGACACGUAUCUUCGUGCGGGACUGGAUUUGCGAAAUGCAGCGGACAGGUGCCAGUAUUUUGAGGCACAUGGAACAGGAACCCAAGCUGGAGAUCCACGUGAGGCUUCUGCAAUUUAUGAGGCUUUCUUUGAACCCAUCGCAAGUUCGCCUCCCGAAGGUUCGGGCGUAGCGAAAGGAUUCGAUGUAACCACUGAAUCUCGGGCAUUUGGAGGAUCGCGGGAACCUGAGGGGCCAGGCAAAUUGCUUGUUGGAUCUGUGAAAACCGCUAUUGGCCACACCGAAGGGGCGGCAGGGCUUGCCGGCCUGCUCAAGGUUAUUCAGGCGAUGAAGCAUGGAAAAGUUCCACCCAAUCUGCACAUGCAUACCCUGAACCCCAACGUCAGCCCGUUCUCCAAGAAUCUUCGUAUUCCCACAACGCUGGAAUCAUGGCCUCAAGUACCAACCGGACAGCCACUUAGAGCUAGUGUGAAUUCAUUCGGGUUUGGAGGAACGAACGCGCAUGCGAUCGUGGAACUCUUCGAUUCCCAAAUUCAUGCGAAACAUAUUCUCACGAUUUCGGAGGAUCGAGCGGACACGCCGACGAAAAAGAAGGAAUCCUCGAGGCCGGUACCUCUUCUGCUGUCGGCCAACUCCCGGAGAUCCUUAAGAUCAUCAAUUGAGUUGUUAAAAGACUUCAUUCUGAAAAAUUCUCACAUUAACUGCAACCGGCUUGCAUUGAAGCUCUCAUCUCGGACUUGUUUCCCGUAUAGACUCUCUCUCCCGGUAACAACAACGCCGGGAAUGAUCAAGGCCUUAGAUGACGUUCUCAGUAUCAGUACCGACCAGCUUGGCUUCCGAGCUGCAGGUGUGCAAGGACAGCCCCGCAUCCUCGCUGUUUUCACCGGACAAGGUGCACAAUGGCCGAAGAUGUCAAGCACUUUGUUCUUGUCAAACGAAGUCUACCGAUCAUCAAUUCGGAAAUUGGAUCAGAUCCUGAAGGCUUGCAGAGACCCCCCGCAAUGGUCUCUCGAAGAGCAGAUAUUUGCCGAGAAAGGCAUGUCACGUGUUCACGAAGCAGCCGUCUCUCAGCCACUGUGUACUGCCUUGCAAAUUGGGCUCGUUGAUCUACUCCGAAGUCUUGAAGUUUUAUUCCAUUCCGUGGUUGGUCAUUCUUCGGGGGAAAUUGGUGCUGCUUAUGCAGCUGGAAGGCUGAGUGCGAAAGAUGCAAUCUUGAUCUCUUAUUAUCGAGGCGAAGUUGCUCAUCUCGCUGAAGGUACGAACAGCGAGAAAGGAGCUAUGCUUGCAGUAGGACUGUCGAGUGAUGAAGCCGACGAAUUCUGUAAGGCUCCGCAAUUUGAAGGAAAACUGUUUGUUGCAGCAAACAAUAGUCCUUCAAGCGUGACUCUAUCGGGUGAUACCGAGUCGAUAGACGCAGCAAGUUCUGCUCUUGUGAAAUCUGGAAAGUUUGCGAGAAGAUUGCUUGUCGACACGGCCUAUCAUUCUCCGCAUAUGACGAAACCAGCAGCCGCUUAUAUUGAGGCCCUCCGAAGAUGUGGGAUAAAAUCUCUCCCCGGCCGGAGUGACGUUCGAUGGUCUUCUAGUGUGGAGGGGUAUGGGGAAAUGUUGAAUCAGAGCGUAGCCAUGGAGUACUGGAGGGAUAAUAUGACUAACUCCGUCCGGUUUCGCGAUGCACUCGAAUCCGCACUUGCCAAACACGGGCCAUUUGACUGCGUCGUCGAGAUUGGCCCGCACCCGGCGCUGAAAGGGCCUUCCAUACAAACUAUGAAACCAACCAUUAGCCCAGUUCCUCCUUACAUUGGCUUUCUUGACCGCAACAAGGACGACAGCGUUGCAUUUGCGGAAUCCAUCGGCUCCAUAUGGUGCACCUCAGGGCCACACGCCAUUAACAUUCCCAAGUAUAUCCAAAGCUCACCAAAAGAUGACCUAUCACGUUGCAAGAUCUCGGAUAUGCCGUCAUACCCGUGGGAUCACUCUCAGAUCCAUUACCGAGAGACCCGGAUAUCUCGUCAAUACCAUUCCCGCAGCGAUCCUCCACAUGAGCUUUUAGGAGUGCGCACUCGCGACGACAACGAACAUAACCUCCGCUGGCGAAAUAUUCUGAAGGUAGAUAAAGUACCAUGGCUAAACCACCAUAAGUUCCAAGGCCAGGCGCUUGUUCCAGCAUCCGCCUAUUGCAUAAUGGCCUUGGAUGCUGCUCGUGUACAUCUCAAAGCUGGGAAGCAAUUUGCGACGAGUGUUCAACUUCUCAAUCUAACAAUUGAAAGUGGUAUUAAUCUAGAGCCCAACUCACAAGGGACUGAGAUACUGUUCUCCUUACAAAUUAUGCCCCACCGCCCAUCGGAUCCCGAGAUCGAAGCAUCCUUUACCUUGACCUCUUGUCCAGCGGAUGGAACCACCACACCAAAAAUGAACAUGCAUGGGAACAUGAGAAUGGUUUUAGGCGAACCAAUGCUGGGCUUGCUACCCCCGAGGCAGACAGAGAACAGCGAAACGUUACCUGCUGAUACCAAAGCCUUCUAUAGAAUGAUGGACGAAACUGGUUUGGUUUACAGCGGGCCUUUCAGAUCAUUGCAGACUAUCGACCGACGCCUCAACUAUGCCGCUACUACACUGAAGAGAUACCACUCUGAAGAUACUACCCAACUUUCCGUCAGUCCCGCGACAUUGGAUAGUUGCUUUCAGUCCGCCUUUCUAUCUUACGCCUUUGCCGGCGAUAAGUCUUUGUGGACGCCUUUUCUUCCAGUAUCAAUUCAAAGCCUGACGUUCAACUUGGCAUAUUGUAAUCAACCCAAGCCAAUCACUGAUGAGCUCUUGCGGGUCGACUCAUAUUGCACCCACAUCGGAAACCCUUCACUUACCUCCAAAGCCAUCAUCACAGUCGACAUCGGCAUUGCUAACGAACAAGGUGACACCGAGAUCCAAGUGGAAGGAUUAGUAGUCGCCGCUUUUGCAAACACACGACCAGAGGAUGAUCAUGAGCUCUAUCUCCAUUCGGUUCUUGAUGUCGACCCUGAAGACGAAAUUGUUCAAUCCUAUAACGGUGAAGACUCUGGCUAUGACCCUAGCUUUAUUGAAGAAUGCGCUCGCGUAACAAAUUUCAUCCUCCGAAAGAAUAACAAAGCUAUACCAUUCAAGCUUGCUCUUCCGAGUGUGGCACGUACCCCUUUCAUUUUCCUACACCACGAUGGAUGGGCCAGCGACGAUGAGAAUUCCCUUCAAUCGCUCAUGUUCGACUCCGACUAUUCUUCUUCUCUGGAAUUAAUUAGUGCCGUUGGUAAAACACGUUCAGAAUUGCUUCUGGAGUUGUUGCCUCAUGUGAUUGCCUCUGGGCACAGUAUGCAUCACUUCAAUGAGCACGUUGGUAGAGUCAUCCAGCAGAUCUCUCACAAAUAUCCACAAAUACAGGUACUCGAUAUGUCUGAUCCAGAGUCGGGCCUCACGAAGCAAAUUUUACGAAACCCUCGCUUGCACCUCGGAGGUUUCACGGUUGCCAACUUUACCCCCUCAGUGACAUCGCCGAGAGAUAUCGACAAAUUAAACAUGCGACGAAGUUAUGUUACGACGGUGGAUGUGGAUCUGAACAAAGAUUUGAUCGAGCAAACCCCGCCCGCCGUGUCCUUCGACCUUGUCCUUCUUUCGGCAUCGAUUCUGCAAAGUAAAUCAACCGGAAAAAUCAUGAGAGAGAUCAGGUCGAUCAUGAAGACUGGAGGUUUCUUGCUUCUGCUCGACUCACCUAAUAUUGUUCUCACGGAUCGACUCCAUGGAUUACCGACCGCCUUUCCUAGCGAACUCCCAACGCCAUCCGAGUGGCCGGACGUUUUAGAGAACUGCAAUUUUGGCCAAGUCGCUAGGUACUCCAACCAAGUCUUCCCCUCCGGCUUCUCUAUCUUUGUCAGACAAGCAAUAGAUCCUCAGUUAGCCAUACCACACCGUCUCCUGGAAGAAGAAAGUCGUGAGAUUGUCGAACAUCUCCUGAUCAUCGGCGGUACGAGCGCAUACACAUCUUCCUUGGGGAAUGAAUUGCAAGAACUCUUAGGUUCAUUCUGCCAUACUAUUACUCUCCGCGACUCCUUUGAUACACUCGAGGCUGAGGAUAUUGGCGAAUGCACGGCCACCAUAAUCGCAGCGGAUCUAGACGAAAGCGUCAUGUCAAACAUGACCGAGGAGAGAAUUACCCAGCUGAAAGACCUCAUGCGACCGAAAAUGAAGGCUAUGUGGUUGACCCUUGGUGCAAGAUACAGCAAUCCGGAUCAUGCAGCUACAUUUGGCUUUACACGAACCAUUGCUGCCGAGAUUCCUAAUUUGACGGUCCGCAACCUCGAUUUGGAGAGGACUGAGGGGAGUUCUCUCCUCGUUGCGGAAAUGUUCUUAGGAAUGAUCGUCGAUGACGGUGUAUCCCACUGGCAUCCAGAUGGUAGAUCGUGGAUCUCUGAGAGGGAGAUCUUCAUGGAAGAUGGACGUCGCUUGAUAUCACGAGUGCUGCCAUUCGAACCUGGAAAUAGUCGCGUUAAUUCAUCUCGGCGAAUAGUGUCCGACUCAGUGACUUCAGCCAACACGGCUCUUACCGUCAAACAGAACGGGAAACAAGUGACCUUGGAAACUGCUGCCCUGGAGAAUCUACCACCGAGGGAUGUUAACGGCAACAUCUCCACCAUACAGGUUUCGUAUAGUUCUCUAAAUCUUGUUCCAAUAACUGAUAACUACGCUGCCUACAUCUGCAUCGGAAAUGAUAUGACGACAGGGAAUCUUGUCGUUGCGCCCUCCGCAGCAAAUUCGUCAUAUAUCUCCAUGCCAUCUACCCGAGUGUAUAGUUUAAAAGCGGAAACCAGGCCUCUGGAUUUGUUAAACAGUGUCACUAGAUUUGCAAUUGCCGCAACCAUAGCACGGAAAGCUAGGGGGCGGAGUCUUGUUCUAAUCGAACCAGAUACGUAUACCCUUCACGCCAUUCAACAAAUUUAUGAGGCUCGGAUAUCCAUUGUCAGGACUAGCGCGAAUGAUGAAGCGCCAAACCUAGGUGUGCGAACUCUCGGCAUUCACCCAAGAACACCAAUCUCCAGAAUUAAAGCCCUGCUAUCAUCCUUCAAUGCCCUUGUCGUCUCGUUCCUUCCCGAGAAUGAUGAUUUCUCCCAGAAGAUUCGACACUGUUUUCCAGAAGCCUGUCAGUUCCUGCCACCCCCUGUACUGAGCGACUCAAACACCAACAUUGGCGACGGAGGCUUUUCUAGCGCGCGGCUCUCUUGGGUCGGUGCUAUUUCCGCUGCUUUAGACGGCCUUGACAAUACAGCCCCGCGGUCCUUCCAUACAAACACUAUUUCUGUACCGUCUUUGCUCGAAACUCGUCAUCCAUUCCCGCUUUUUACCAUAAUAGACUGGAAGGCAGAACGUAUGGUAUCUCGAAUAGUAAGUCCGCUCGUCUCGCACCGAAUGCUCCGACCCGAUCGAACAUACAUCCUAGUCGGCCUCACUCGCGAUAUGGGACAAAGCCUCAGCCGAUUCUUCAUCGACCUUGGUGCAAAACACAUUGUCCUCGCUAGUCGCAAUCCAAACAUGCACCCGAAAUGGAAGGACGAACUCGUCUCAACGCAUGGGGUAGAAAUUGCAAUCGAGAAGCUCGAUGUCACUGAUAUCGUCAAUGUAAGACGCUUCAAGGCUAAGCUAUCUCAGAGCAUGCCUCCAGUUGCUGGAGUCGUGAAUGGUGCCAUGGUUCUAGACGAUCGAGUUUUCGCACAAAUGACACUGAAAACGUGGAAUCGAGUGUUACAUCCCAAGACGAUUGGCUCUAAAAAUUUGGACAGUGUAUUCAGCGACCCGGAGAUGGAAUUCUUUAUCAUGACCUCUUCUUUUGCCGCGAUAGGUGGUCAUCCAGGGCAAUCGAAUUAUGCUGCUGCGAACAUGUACAUGAAUGGUCUCGCCGCAAAUAGACGAGCACACGGAGUAGCAGGAUCAGUGCUAAAUAUCGGGGUCAUCUACGGACUUGGUUUUCUACUUCGUGAGAAGCAGAAUUUAUACGCGGGACUAGAAAGGGAGGGGUAUCCACCGAUCUCCGAACGCGACCUUCACCACAUGUUUCACGAAGCUAUUCUUGCCGGACGACCCAAUGUACCGGAUCAGCCACUAGACUUAACAACAGGAUUAAGCCGAUACCGAGCUGAUAGCCCUGACUUACUCUUUUGGCAAAUGGACCCUAGAUUCUGCCAUUUCACGAAACAUAAUGGAACUCAAGAUUCUGCAGAAGCGACGAAAGCGCAACAAAGCCUAAAAGAUCAGAUUGCGAACCUCGAAUCGGCCCCAAAGAUCGCAGAUGUGGUAUCUGCUUUCUUCGUUGAGAAGCUAGAGACUCUUCUAGUGCUACCAGGUGGAUCCGUUAGUAGGGAACAGAAUAUGACCGAUUUGGGGGUGGAUUCGUUGAUUGUGGUAGAACUACGGAAUUGGUUCUACAAAAUGAUUGAGAGAGAUGUCCCGGCACUGAAGAUUUUAGGGGCAAGAAGCAUACAUCGAUUGUGCUUGGAUAUUGCCGAGCAGAUAAACGCCAGUUGUCCCAGCACCGACAGCGCAAACUGAAGGAAGUAUUACUUAUUGCCCUUCUCCGCACUAUCCUCCCCCUUUUCUCGUUCCCUUGCAACCCGCUCCAUUUCCCUGCCAAUAAGACCCCAGAAGGACAACGAUGAACCGGAGCAUUCCUCACAUUCUCCUUUCACCCUCUGG